AUGGCACAAGUGGAAAAGUCUAUCUUAAAGGCCAGAAACACCGCUCCAGGAGAAGACAAACUCCAAACUAACAUCCUAAAGACGGCUUGGCCACUGAUCAAAGACAAGAUCUUAUUCCUAUUCCAAGGCUGCCUACGAUUAGGAUAUCAUCCAAAAUGUUUCAGACAUGCAAUUCUCACUAUUCUGCAAAAGCCCAGUAAAGAAGACUGGACCAACCCUAGGUCCUACCGGCCCAUCGCUCUCCUCUCUGUCCUAGGAAAGGGUCUUGAACGUCUAGUGGCACGGAACAUGGCCUGGAUAGCAAUCCACUACAAGGUCCUGGCAAGCCAACAAUUUGGAGCCCUUCCUCUAAGAUCAGUAAUCAACCUUACCACAUGUCUAACACACAACAUAGAACAAGCCCUGAACCAAGGGAAAACAGCUUCUCUACUAACCUUCGAUGUGGAAGGAGCAUUUGAUAAUGUCCUCCCAGGGAGACUCACCUACCAGCUCCAGACACAAGGAUGGCCAAACAAUCUAAUACUCUGGAUCAGCUCUUUCAUCACAGAAAGAACCAUACAGAUCCGAUUUGAUAAUGAACUUAGCCCUCAUACAGAUAUAUCAUGUGGCCUUCCCCAAGGCUCCCCUAUCUCCCCUAUUCUCUUUAUGCUUUACAUUGCACCGCUCUUCCACAUGGGUAACCCUAGAACUAGAUUUGGACACGCAGAUGAUGGAGCGACCCUAGCAAUCUCUCUGUCCCUCUUAACUAAUUACCAGACACUGAGCGAAUCUCUACAGGACGCAAUUGAAUGGGGCACUGCGGAAGGAAUCACUUUUGCACCAAAUAAAUAUGAACUUAUGCAUUUCUCUUGGCAUCGAGCAGAUCAAGAUCCUGCAACAACCCCCUCAGUCUCAAUGGGCUCAGUCAUAGUUACUGAAGCAACUGACCGUCCAUAUCUACGUUGGCUAGGGAUCCUCUUUGACAAAAAGCUCUCCUUCCACUGGCCAUAUCGGCCUGUGUCCUCCGUAAAGCCUACUUCGGCGCAGAGACGUGGUGGCCAGGCCGCACCCGACCUCGUUCCCGCCCUCAGGCAGACACUCCCCCAAUCUCAAACCUAG